UUAGUUAAUUAUUGAAAUUUUUUUCCACUGUAAUAAAAACAAUAACUUUAUUGAAAAAAAGAAAAAAAAAAAAGCUGUUCACCUUGCUACUACUUGGCUAUAAAACAACAGAUUUCUAACUUCUCAAGGAACUUACAGCAAUAGAGCACUUUAAGACACACAGGUACAAUACAGUUGAUGAAAAGAAGUCUAAUGUCCAUUUUAAUUAUCAUAUGAAUUAUGAUAAUCUCUUUAUUCUAACCUUACUAAUAAACUUUAAAUUGCAGGGUAACAUUCAUAUAUCGUUACUCAACUUUACUACAGCAAUGGAGCAAAAUGUGGCACGACCUGUGGAAGAGGCCGCAAGACAAGAUCAAAUCCUACCUUCAGUGUCCAUAGACGACAUGAUUGAGCAGAGUAUUGGACGCAUUAACGCGACUCAGAUCUUACAAGCCAUCCUUACGUCGCUACCACCAUUGUUUGAUAGCCAGCAAACAUACAUCAGUAUCUUUGCUCAUGCUCAACCAACAUGGCAUUGCACAGGUAGUAAUACUAAUAGUAAUAGUAACAGCAACAUCUCCUGUAGUUCCAAUAAUAACUCGAACAUAUGCCGCCUCUCGAAGAGUGAAUGGGCUUGGGAUUCACUCAACGUGCACACUUCGAUCAUAUCCGAGUGGGAUCUCGAAUGUGCUAGUUCCUUCAUCACCGGCUUCCCAACCACUUGCUACUUUGUAGGCUGCUUAUUAGGUGGGUUGGUACUAGCCACACUCGGCGAUUCAUCACUUGGGCGAAAGAAUCUCCUAUGCUUUUCAUCUCUUGUUAUGUCCCUUGGUGCACUUGCUUCUUCAUUUGCUCCAAAUUUUUGGGUGUAUUCAGUGUUUCGUUUCCUGAGUGGGGCUGGUCGCGCUCCGCUUGCCAUCUCUACGCUGGUUUUGUUGACAGAAAGAGUUGGCAAGCGAUGGAGGUCACAAGUGGCUAUGGUCGGAUUCAUCCAUUUUUCACUUGGAAUAUUUAUACUAACGGGUAUUGCAUAUCUAACUAAGGAUUCUUCUUGGAGAAACUUAUAUCUAUGGACUUCUAUUCCAGGAAUUGUAUGCUCACUAUUGUGUUAUUUCUUCGUCUUAGAGUCCCCAAGAUGGUUGUUCAUGCAAGGACUAACCAAGGAAUCCAUAGCCGUCUUAAGAAAACUAGGAUCGAGUACUAGUCAAGUUUACUCGACCGUGAUCAUAAACAACAUGGCUAAUCUACAAGAGGGGCCAAACAAUACUAGUUCGUUUGAAUCCAUCAAGAUACUAAUCAAAAAAAGAUGGGCUGUCAAAAGAUUAUUAGCAUCCAUGUUUCUAGCUUUUGGCAUAGGACUUAUGUACUUUGGCAUGUUUUUAGGUGUUGGAAACUUAGGAUUCAAUAUCUACUUGACCUCAACAUUCAGUGCAUUAUUGUCUUUAGUAUCUUAUCUGCUAACAUUCCUCUAUUGGGUUCCAAGAUGCAACAGAAGGAUCUCAUUGCUCGGCUUCUGCGUGAUAAGUGGAGUAACAAGCAUUGUAUUUUCGGUAGUAGGAAAACAUAUUCAUCAGGGUUUACUUAUCAGCCUAGAGCUGGUGUCUCUAUUUUGCGCCUGCAUGGCGUACAAUCUAGUAUUAAUGUAUACAGUGGAGCUCUUUCCCACUUGUGUUAGAAACUCGGCCUCAUCGCUCGUGAGGCAGGCGAUGAUCUUUGGCUCGGUUUUUGACCCGGUGUUGAUUCUACUAGGGAGGCAAAACAAGAUGUAUAGUUAUGGGGUGUUUGGAAUUACAGUUCUUGUUUGUGGGUUUUUGGUUCUUUGUUUGCCUGAGACGAGAGGUAAGGUGCUGUGUGAUACCAUGGAAGAACAAGAACUUAGGGAUAACAGUAGCAGCUCAAUAAUUUGA